AUGAGGAAGUACCCGUGGGGACUUCAUUCCUUCAACAUGCUGGUGAGUUCCAUUAUCGAUGCUAGGAACAAAGUGAAGACGAAGAAGAGUUAUGUUAUAGAUGGAUUCUCCUAUGCACUUCAGAUUUGGGCGAUGGAGGCAAUUCCAGACAUUGGUACUCUUUUGGGUCAGAAACUUGAACAAGGCGUCAUGAGCAUGAUAUGCAGAAACUGGAAAGAAUCUUGUAGGAUUUCCUUUGAAGAUAUUAGUAGCCUUGAGUCCGAUUUUACCUCCACUGGAGUUUUGUUUCCAUCCAUCGCUUCCAACGGAACGUUCUCGGAUGUUAUUGUUCAAGCUGAGUUUGCACAAGCGGGUGAGAUGAAUGAUGAAAGAGUCGAUCUCAUCAUUGACAUGAACCCGAACAACUAUGAUUGGAGUAAGCAUGUAUGGGCUUAUCAUGAACCUCGACACUCAUACGUACCUAGUUCUGGUGAAGAAAAUACAGAAGCAGAAGAGGAUGUAGAAACAAGUGAGAAUGAAAUGGAAGAAGAAACAGAAUCUGCAGCUGCGCCUGUUGAAAGAAAGAGGAAAAAAAUUGUUUCAAGAUACUGGUGUUCAGUCAAGGAAGAAGA